GGGCCCAAGGGCGGCAGGCCGGCUGGGAGAGAACCGACCACGCACCUGCCGGCUUCCCUAGGAGACUCUUUUUACACGGGCCUGCGAUCGAGUGUCGCGCGAAGGGGUUGAGUGUCUGGAGGGAGCCUCAGUUUCUGUGCAGCUGAAGGACUGUCCGAGGGAUCCCUGCAGGGCGGGCUUGGCGGGAACUGACCUCGCGCCCUAUAGCCUCACCGGGGGCCAGUUUGCGCAGGCGCACGCGGGUGGUGCCACGCCUGAGGGGCGGAGCUUCGGGAGGAAGCCGUUGUCUCUCGACGGGCCGCGGAGUGGGGGGUCGUUGCGCCUGCGCGGCGAGGGUGGGGUGGAAGGCGGGGCAGCGGCGGACAUGCAGGCGGCAGACGCAGGCGCAGGCUGCGCGGCGGGCGGUGCCGAUGGCCAGGGUGGCGCUGGAGUCCCCGGCUCCCGCCGCGGAGGUGCGGAUCCCGCGGCGACUGCGGCCGGAGGAGCUCCCCAUGUCUCGCGAGCAUCGCACGACCCAGGCUCCGGUGGAGACGUCGUGCCCGCGGCCAGAGUGCCGGAAAUCCGACUACACAUGUUCUCUCUCAGCGUGCCUUUCCCGACCCCCUUAGAGGCGGAGAUCGCCCGCGGGUCCCUGGCCCCAGAUGCCGAACCCCACCAAGGGGCUGUCGGGAAGGAGCUCACAGUGAGCGGCAGCACCCUCGCCAUCUGCUGGAGAGCUGAAGACUCUCGACUCCUCCGAAUUUCCAUCAUCAACUUUCUUGAACAUCUUUCCCUGGUGGUGCGGACCAUGCAGCGCUUUGGGCCCCCCGUUUCCCGAUAGGCCUGGACUGGGAAAAGGGGCAGAGGUCUAACCUUAGGUCCACCCCUAGGCAGUGCAUCCUUCCCCGGUGCAAUGAUUCCUGCAGUCGUUGCCACUUGAGUGUGGGGGCGUAAUGGUUUGCCUGUAUUGGCCCUUGGGUGCUUCGGGUCCACUUUUUUAUUUUGGCGCUGAAACGUUUUUUAGCACAGAAAAUAAAACAGAGCUACUAUUCUGA